AUGGCGGGGCAGCAGGCGCUGCUUCUAGUCGGAUUCCUACUGCCUGGCCUCCUGCUCUCAGAGGCUGCCAAAAUCCUAACUCUGUCCCUGGUGGGUGGAAGCCAUUUUCUACUGAUGAAUCGGGUCUCUCAGAUUCUUCAAGAUCAUGGUCGUAAUGUCACCAUGCCUCUCCAGAGAGGAAAUUUAUUGCCACCAGGUUUUACAGAGGAGGAGAAAUCAUACAAAGUUAUUAACUGGUUUCUACCUGAAGAUGAUAACAAAGAAUUUAAGAAGUCUUUUCAUUUCUUUAUGGAAGAAACUUUUGAGGGCAGAAGCACAUUUGAACACGUUUUAGCUAUUUUGGAGCAACUAGGGCUUCCGUGCAGUCAUUUGCUAAGGAGAAAUGAUACUAUGAAUUCUUUAAAGAAUGAGAACUUUUGGGCUUCCCUGAACUUUGACCUGGUGAUAGUGGAAAUUUUUGACUACUGGCCUUUCUUGGUUGCUGAGAAGCUUGGAAAGCGCCCCCUGUCUUAUGUGCCAGUAUUCUAUUCCUUGUUAACUGACCACACGGACUAAUGGGGCUGAGUAAAGAAUUCCCUGAUGUUCUUUGAUGUUCCUGAUGUUCUUUUGCCCUUCAUUCUUUUCUAUCCCAGGCCUAAUGUCUGUAGCCAUCAAAGUCACAGUGACCUACUGCUUUUGGUCUUGAACAAGUCUUGGACAUGGGAUAUGAUUCUCAUUUCAAAGAAGAAACAAGGAGGUUCUCAUGCACAUCCCAGUUGGCCAGCACAGGCUGAGAUGAACUCUUCAUUAUCAACAAUCACCUUAGUUAGCUCUAAUGUUCUGCUGCCUUUGUUAUUUGCAACAGGGCACCCUCACGUCCACCUUUUUGUCACCCAUGGUGGGAUAAAUAGUGUCAUGGAGGCCAUCCAACACGGCCUGCUCAUGGUGGAGAUUCCCCUCUUUGGGGACCAGCCUGAAAACCUGCUCUGAGUAGAUGCCAAAAAUUUUGGUGUCUCCAUCCAGUUAAAGCAGAUCAAGGCUGAGACAUUGGCUCUGAACAUGAAGCAGGUCAUAGAGGACAAGAGGUGUAAAUCUGCCAUGGUCGACACCAGCAUCAUGAAGCGCUCGCACCCCCUGACCCCCAGCCAGCGGCUGGUGGGCUGAAUCAACCACAUCUUGCAGACAGCGGGUGCGGCUCACCUCAAGCCCCACACCUUCCAGCAGCCGUGGUGGCAUGAGCAGUACCUGCUGGACCUCUUCUCGUUCCUGCUGGCGGUCACCCUGGGCACCACGUGGCUGUGUGGGCAGCUGCUGGGCCUGGUGGCCAGGUGCUGUGUGGGACCAGGAAGCUAAAGAAGGCCUGAGGCCAAGUGGAGCCUUCGAAGGUGGUGUGUUUGGGCAGAGUCAGCAUUUCUUGGCAUCUCCCACCAGUUUUGUCAACCCUCAUUCUCCACAUCCUAUCCACUUGCUAUUUUGCUACAAAUUCCUGCUCACUGGCUUCUUCCCAUUGUUGACUUAAAAAAAAUAUAUGCACAACGUGAGAGUUGCGAGUUAAGUUUUAUUUGGGGCAAAAUGAGGACUGUAUCCUGGGAGACGGCAUUUCAGAUAACUCUGAGAAACUGCUCCGAGGCAGCAAGGGGAGGUGCCAGGAUAUUUAGGAGUUUUGCAACAAAGAGCAGGUAAUUGGGAACAUCAAAAGAUUGUUGUUAAAUAAAGAAAACCGGAUAUCUCAAGUUAAGGAAUUUAGCACUUUUUCUAUGUAUGGGAAGAUGCAAGAGUCUGGGCUCACCGAAAUCAUUCCUUUGAUAAUGCACCUUAGCUGUCUGGGGCCUGUAUUUUUACAUCCUGAGUUUCCUCAGGGCUCACUGCAGGGAGUGGCUGCAGUCUGAGGACUGCUA